ACAGAGAGAUAUACUUUUUUUUUAUGUAGUUACUAUGGAGCUAACCAAGGUACUAGUGCUGUUUGCAGCAGGUUGGACCAUUUCCCUGGCUUUACCUGUACAGGUCGUUAAUAAUACAAUUAAUGAGAACGAAACAGCAUUUGAAAGAAUAUUAACAAUGAACAAAGGUAUCGUUGACCAACUACUUGAAGGUGACAUCGCCCCUCGCCCUGCCCCUUCUCGUGGCGUCAUGAUCUGUACAAAUUGCUUUUGGAAGCCAUUGGAAAAUGGGACAGUUCUUGUGCCUUAUGUGUUUGCCAAUAUAUACACGGAGCUAAUAAAGACCGUAAUGAAAAAAGCCAUCAGUCAGUUUGAACUCCUCACCUGUGUGAAGUUUGUUGAAAGAACUACAGAAACUGAUUAUCUCAGCAUAGAGUCUGGAAUUGGGUGCUGGUCAAAUUAUGGAAGAAUUGGUGGCAAACAGACUGUCAGCCUGAAUAAAGAUGGCUGCUUAGCCAGCGGAGCAAUCCAGCAUGAAAUGAUGCAUGCGCUGGGAUUUUAUCAUGAGCAGAGUAGGAGUGACAGGGAUAUUUAUGUAGAUAUCAUAUGGAAAAACAUUGAUCCAGAUAAGAAAGGCAACUUUAAUUGGCAAAGGACAAAUAAUUUGGGCUUUCCAUAUGAUUAUGGCUCAGUUAUGCAUUAUCCACGAAAUGCUUUCAGCAUCAGUGCUGGUGGAAAUACUAUAAUCCCAAAACCUGACCCGAAUGUAAAUAUUGGACAGACAUAUGGGAUGAGUCAUCUGGAUUUAAAGAAAUUAAACACAGCAUAUAAAUGCACUCUAUGUCGGACAAAAUUUACACAUUUUACUUCCGGCUCUUUCUCAACUGAUGACAUUGUCUUUGGACCAGAUAACACCUGUGUCUGGUUUAUUCAAGCUAAACCGUUCCAGAAGGUUUAUCUGGAAAUCAGUAACUUCAAUAUCCCACAAUCUGCUGGGUGCAUGAACUCUUACUUGAAAAUUUAUGAUGGUGACAACCGUGACUCACUACUUCUCCAGGACAAGACCUGUGGUUCUACGAUGAUACCCGCUCUAGUUUCUACUCAAAAUGACCUGUUAAUUGAGUUUGUGAGCAAUCAGAAACCUUCUCAAAGCAAAUUUAAAGUGAUCUUUAAAGAAGUUAGUUUUGGAGACAUUUUCCGCCGUGAUUCUUGGUUUGUGACAUCACCAAAAUUCCCCAACCAGUAUCCCGAUAAUGAAGAUGCCAUUUAUGUUAUAAUAGCACCAUCCGGUAAAAAGGUGUCUCUGGAAUUCAUUGAGAUUGAAUUAGUAUAUUGUAAAUUUACCUGCUCGUGCAUCUGUGACUACAUCAUGAUAAUUGAUGGACCCUCCAUAAAUGACCGAGUUCUGGGCAAAUUCUGUGGGUUUGCUUUACCUCCUCCUAUAGAAUCUACGCAAAAUGUAGUGAUAUUACGUUUUCACAGUGAUAGCCUAAAAGGUGCAGCUGGAUUCUACAUGCGAUAUAAUUUUGUGAGCUGAUUUAGAAGAUUUCUCGAGAUCAAGCUGGAAAAGUGAAAAUGCACAUACCCAUCUAACUUUUGUUUUAGAAAUACGGAGAUAAAUGGUCCAUCAAUGCAAUAUUUCUGAAAACUAGC